GGGCUGUCAGCGGCGGUCGGUCGCCGGGUCGUGGCUACCCGAGUCUUUUUUCCUCUCUCGCAGUCCAUCCACCCGUCACGGGCCAGAGCCCUCUGUCACUUCAGAACCUGGACAGAAAUGACAUUUGCCGAGGACAAGACUUUUCAGUAUAUCCGCCACCAUCACAGCACUUUUCGCAAUAUCCAUGUUCUGGAGAUUCUGCCUUACCUGUCCUGCCUCACAGCAAGUGACCAGGACCGACUGCGGGCCACCUAUGAGCGCUGGGGGAACCAGGACACCCUCUUGGAGCUCUUCAACAGCCUUCGGCGGCGGAAUGGCUGGGUGCAUUCCUUCAUUGAGGCCCUGAGGGCCUGUGAGCUGUCUGGUCUCGCUGAUGAAGUGGCCCGGGUCUACCAUAGCAGCCUGCCCCGGACCUCGAACCGCCCUGCAGCCCCACUGGAGCCACCGUCAGUUCCUGCUGAGGUUCCAGGGCCCUCCAUACCCGCCGUGGCCCCCAGCACCCCCGCCAAUGGCUGCAGAGAGGAGGAGCCAAGUUACCCCAUGCCUGUCCAGGACACCCAGCCACCAGAGUACCAGGAAGAGAGUUCAAGGAAAGCCACACAGAUACCCAGCUCUGGGGCUGUCCUGAGGAGGCCAGGUGGCCCCCUGGAGCCCUCCUCUGACAUGGCGGCCCCCAGGCCUCUGACCUCCAGUGGACCCCAGGAGCAGGACACAGAACUGGACGGUACCCACACAGCAGGCAUGGUCUCCAGCCUCACAUCACUCCGUGGGCCUCUGUCUCCAACUGUCUCCUUCCAGCCUCUGGCCCGUUCCACCCCCAGGGCAAGCCGCUUGCCUGGACCCCCAGUGUUAGCUCCGUCUACUGGCACCUCCCCCUCCUCUACUGGCUUGGCCUCUGCAGGGGAUGCUGGUGACCAGGCUGAGGUUACCAUCUGCUCCAGUGGGGCAGGAGUGCCCACCAACUCUAUGACCGCCAGCACAGCACCCUCCAAGGUGCCCACGAAGCCAGCAUUUGCCAGCACAGUGCCUUCCAAGUUGCCCACCAGCUCAAAGCCCCCUGGUACAAUGCCCACUAAUGUGCUCACCAGUCAAACACCAUCCAAAUUGCCCAUCAACUCAACACGUGCUGGCACAGUGCCACCCAAAGUGCCUACUGGUUUGGCGCCUGACCGCAUGAUGCCCAGCAAGGUGCCUGCCAAUACAGCGCCCACCAUCAGGAGCAGCCACAGACCUGAGGAAGAGACUCCAGCGCCCACAGGCGUAGCCGCUGCUGGAGGCAGCUCCAACAGCUGGGGCUCAGGUCUGGAGCUGAGCAAGCCCGGCAGGCUCGUAUCCCAGAUAGACAACCAGCCAUUGUCGAUCUGCUCUGAGGACCUUGCCAUCAGCUGCAGCGACUCUUUGGGCGUGAGGCCUGCCAAUGCCCCAGAGGAGAACGAGUAUGAGUCAGGGUCAGUGGACUCCAUCAGGAUGCACGUGGCCGAGGGCCCCAACGCCGACCUGCUGGAGGGCAGCCCUGGGCCGCGUGCUGCCCUGCAGCUCCGGGAGGAUGAGGUGACGCUGUGCAACUGGACGGUCCCUAGGGCUCGGUGGCUCGGGGUGGCCGCAGCCGGGGCGCUUCUAGCCGCGCUCCUGGCUGCUCUGUACCGGCGGCGCCUGCUCCAGUGAAGCCCCCUGGGCCCUUUCCGCCUGUGUCUGCUCCCUUCCCCACGGUACAUCUAGCCUGAGCCAUGGAGCCAGGCUGUCCUGCCCACCUUGUCCCUUUUGCAGGGCUGGCAGGGCCUGAGUCAGAGGGCAACCAGGGGGCCGCAGGCCUGGCGGAAGGCCGACCCACGGCUGGCUGGACUGAGUCCUGGGAGGCAGUAUUUCUGUCCCAGCUCCUGCCCUGUGCGACUUCCUCACCAUCCUUGGCUUUCUGGACCCUGGGCUGCCUGGUGCGCUCCAAACCUUGCCCACUUGGCAGUCCGGGUUGUUGUGCUUGUCCCCUGGAGGAGGUGCCUCCGUCCAGGCUUUAUCCCUGUUUGCCCAAGUCCAUGGAUCAGGAAGUGCUGCUGGAGAGCACAGGGGGUCGGCAAUGCCCCCAUCCUGCCCUGGACGCUUGCAGCCAACAGCAGAUGUGUGGGUGGGGACCCACAGGACCUCGCUCCAGCCUGCAGCAGCUCAGCCUAAGGCCAUUGCCCCAGGAGCAGCAAGGUGGCCAGUCUC